AUAUCGAUAUGUUUCGAUAACUGCCGACCGGUAAACAGCUGUUGCGACAAUUGUUAUGAAAUUUUGUUGGCUGCCAUCAAGAUGCUGCGUUUGAUGACAAAAGCUCGUGCUCUCAGAUCGCUUAUACCUGCCGCAAGCAUUCGUGGCUAUGCACAAAAGGUGCCCAGCGGCGGCAGCAGCAACAUUGGGGCCAAGGAUGAGGUGCCGCCAAUUAGCAAUGAGCCCAUAGAAUUCUUUGGCAGCCAUGCAGCCACUUGGCGUGCCCGCGACACUCGCAGCGGUGGCAGCGAUGAAUCCCUGUGGUAUCAGCCCUACGUCAUCUCCGCCAGCUUGGCACUAUUUCUGAUCUACUUUUGCAUUUUGCGAGAGGAGAGCGACAUUGAUCUGCGCCUAGAAGGAAAUCUGUACGAUCAUGUAAGUGGCUUGGAGGAGGUUCAGCUCACUGUCAACUAUAGGUACAACAAAGAGCAUGGACUGGACACCAAGGAGCAGGAGAAACGCCUCAUUGAGCUGGGCGUCGAUCUGGGGCAAUUGGAUGCCAAGUUGGCGUCACAGUAGUUUGCAUCGCAAUUAGUUUUAUGUGUUGUUUUUAUUAAGCAAAAAAGUUAAAUAUACCAAUAUAAAACUACUACUAAUUAGUAAGCAUCAUUUGCUAAAAGAUGAUGUUUGGCCUGUAUAAUAGAAGGACAAGAAAAGCGAACUUCGGCACGCCGAAUAUUAGAAAAUUCUAAAGGCCUGUGCUCAUACGAGCCAUAAUCUUUGGCUUGCUUAAAUUGCUUAAAGAGCAUCCUAUGCGUUCCACGAUUCUUGACAAAGCAACGUCUUAUCCAAAGCUACAAACAAUCUUUUCGUUUUCUUCACAGUUUAUCCUUGUGUUCACUUCAGUCUUAGUUUUUGUUUUAUAUUUUUCUAAUAUUUAAUUAACAAUUAACUCAACAUUUGAGAGAAAUCCAAAGCAAAGUCAAAUUACAUUUCGGAAAUCAAAACUUUCUUAUUUGUAAUAUAAUAUAUCUAUAUAUAAAUAAUAUAACAUUCGAGUGAACAUUCAGAAA